ACUCUUUCGACCUUCCGGAAGUGCGUGGCCAUAAGAAAACAUGGCGCGUAGUAGUGUAAAUAUAACGGACUACUUCAGUGUUUCGUAUUAUCCUUUAAUUGCCCUCUGUUUGUCUUUGUUCGUAACCUUUGCAGUCGUUGAGACAGAUGAUGUAUUUAGUGCAAGUCACACGGCUACUGUUUCUGCCUCUGCAGCUAAGGAUUUAAGAUACUUGUUGUAUGACGUGAACCCCCCAGAGGGUUUCAACCUGAGAAGAGAUGUUUACAUUCGCAUGGCCUCCCUGGUGAAGACUUUAAGGAAGGAUGGAAAUGACUGGGUGUUGGUGCUUCCUCCAUGGGGUCGCCUCUAUCACUGGCAAAGUGCCAACAUUCACCAAAUUGGCAUUCCCUGGUCUGAGUUCUUCAGCCUUACCAGUCUGGAGGCCAACGUGCCUGUUAUUGAGUACGAGGAAUUUAUUGCUGAGAAUGGAGGGCCAUUCCUUGACCAUGUCUUGGUACUUCAGAAUUACGCUGAAGGAUGGACUGAUGGGAAAUGGGAAGAAAAAGUUGACAUACGACCGUGCAUUGAUAAGUUAAUGUACACCAAAGACAAACAGGGCUACUACAGGGGUUGGUUCUGGGGCUACGAGGAAACACGAGCCCGAAAUGUCACGUGUCUCUCAGCCCAAGGUCACGCUUCCAUCAUGGCUCCAGUUCUUCAGAGAAACAUCACAGCAACAUCAGUGAUGCUCGACAGAGCCGAGACGCUGCUGCAUGAUCACUAUGCUGGUAAAGAUUACUGGGAUACUCGCCGCAGCAUGGUUUUUGCCAAACACCUCAGAAUCAUCGGCGACAAUUUCAGAGCAAAAUACCUGGACUCUGCAGAUGACGCAGACAACACUGUUUACAACGAGGACUGGACUCGCAUGAAAGCUAAACUGGGUUCAGCUAAGGGGGGGCCAUAUCUGGGGGUCCAUAUGCGCAGAAAAGACUUUAUCUGGGGCCACAGAGAGGACGUCCCCAGCCUUAAAGGGGCAGUCAAAAAAAUACGCAGCCUAAUGAAAAAGCACAAACUUGACAAAGUAUUUGUUGCAACAGAUGCAGACGGAGAAGACUUAAAAGAGUUGAAAAGAUUGCUGCCAGAAAUGGUGAGGUUUGAGCCGUCCAUAGAAGACUUGGAACUCCUCAGAGACGGAGGAGUGGCCAUUAUUGACCAGUGGAUAUGUGCUCAUGCAAGGUUUUUCAUUGGAACGUCUGUGUCCACCUUCUCUUUCCGCAUUCAUGAGGAAAGGGAGAUUCUGGGUUUUGACCCCAAAACCACAUAUAACCGUUUCUGUGGGGACAGUGAAAAAGAAUGUGAACAGCCCACACACUGGAAAAUAGUUUAUUAAUGUUUCACUUGACUGACAGAUUGCCACAAAUCACAGAUUUUACGAUUUAUCAAAAGGACUUCAAACUGUUGUGGGUUAAUGAUGUUUUUAUCGUCAUCUGUGAUGUGACGUGACCACUGUGACUUCAGGAAACUUCAGCUCAAAUAGCAAAGACUGUGCUGCCAAA